AUGGCCGAACAAGCAACAGAAGAGGAUAUCCUACUCGCCAAGCGCAUCAUUUCCGCAGCGGAGCGCCACGAUGUGACGGCGUUGAACGUCCUGCUCAAAGAUGGCUCAGCCAAGGUCAUGGACCCAACAGCAGACGUCAAAACCUCUCCACUACACGCAGCAAUUGCAUCAUGCGGAAAGGCCGAGGAUGGAAAAGAGGCGGGAGAAGAAGCGAUUCAAACGGUAGAACUGCUACUUCAAAACGGCGCCAUCUGGAACGAUCUCAACAAGGAGGAUGAAACCCCAGGAUGCAUUGCGCUCCGUCUAGGCCAGAAGAAGAUUUACGACAUGAUGGUCACAGCCGGUGUUCAGGCAGAGAUGCUGUUUGCGCGAAUGGAAGCGCUUGGUCUGGUUGACAACAGCGGCGAGGCCGAAGACGAGGCCGAAGAGGAUGAGACACGCGAGGAGCAGCCAGCGGCCAAGAAGCAAAAAAUAUCCGAGGAAGACGCCAAACCCGUCGAGCAAACUGUCGAUGAAAAGGUCCUUGAUGACGUAUCGCUGGACAACCAGGCCUACCUCAAGAGUCAAUUGAGAUACAAGCCCGGCAUCCUCCUCGACGAGAGCGACAACGCAGUCAUGAUGGACUGGGAAACGCAAAUCAUGCAGCGCCACGCCGAGACGCUGAUUCCCAAGCCCGGCCUGCGUACUAUGAACGUAGGCCACGGCAUGGGCAUCGUUGACACAGCCAUCCUGACGCACGACCCCGCCGAGCACCACAUUAUCGAAGCGCAUCCCCAGGUGCACCAGCGGCUCCGCGAGCAGGGCUGGUACGACAAGCCCAAUGUCAAGAUCCACGAGGGCAGGUGGCAAGAUGUGCUUCCCAAGCUAGUAGAGCAAGGCGUCGUGCUCGACGCAAUCUACUACGACACGUUUGCCGAGGACUACAAGGCGCUCAAGGAUUUCUUCUCAGACUACGUGGUUGCGCUGCUAGCCAAAGACGGGAAAUUCGGCUGGUACAAUGGUCUCGGUGCCGAUCGCCAGAUUUGCUACGACGUUUACACAAAGGUUGCUGAAAUGGAUCUGUACGACGCAGGCUUCGACACUGAGUGGGAGGAUAUCAACGUCCCGGCGGGUCUGCACGGCAGCGACCAAUGGGAGGGUACGCGCCGCCCUUACUGGACUAUCGAUGUUUAUCGCUUGCCUGUGAAUACGUUUGUCAAGUAGAUGUCAUGCAUCUAAUAUAUAGUUUGAAUUGACAAAAAUACACGGCAGUUCUGAUUCGC